CAUCAGAUAUUGAAGGGAAUAUGGAAUCUGCUACAGUGAUUGAUUUAAUUCCAUGGAUGGAAUAUGAGUUCCGAAUAAUAGCAACAAACACUCUGGGGACAGGAGAACCGAGUAUGCCCUCACAGAGAGUUAGAACUGAAGGCGCUCCUCCUAAUGUGGCUCCUUCUGAUGUUGGAGGAGGCGGGGGAAGCAAUCGAGAGCUGACAAUAACGUGGAUGCCUUUGUCAAGAGAAUACCACUAUGGCAAUAACUUUGGUUAUAUAGUUGCUUUCAAGCCAUUUGGUGAAAAAGAAUGGAGAAGAGUUACAGUUACUAAUCCUGAAAUUGGCCGGUAUGUCCACAAGGAUGAGUCAAUGCCACCUUCCACCCAGUAUCAAGUGAAAGUGAAAGCUUUUAACAACAAAGGGGAUGGACCAUUCAGUCUCACUGCUGUCAUUUAUUCAGCACAAGAUGCUCCAACUGAAAUACCCACAGAAGUGAGCGUAAAAGUUUUGUCGUCUUCUGAAAUGUCUGUUUCUUGGCACCAUGUUUCUGACAAGUCUGUGGAAGGAUAUCAGAUUCGUUACUGGGCUGCUCAUGAUAAAGAAGCAGCUGCACAGAGGGUACAAGUGAGCAAUCAAGAAUAUUCAACCAAACUGGAAAACCUGAAGCCUAAUACUCGCUACCAUGUAGAUGUUUCUGCCUUCAACAGUGCAGGCUAUGGACCUCCCAGUAGAACCAUUGAUGUGAUUACCAGGAAAGCACCUCCAAGCCAACGCCCAAGAAUUAUCAGUUCUGUAAGGUCUGGUUCAAGGUACAUCAUCACCUGGGAUCACGUGAAGGCAAUGUCAAAUGAGUCUGCAGUUGAAGGAUACAAAAUCCUUUAUAGACCAGAUGGACAACAUGAAGGCAAGUUGUUUUCGACUGGAAAGCACACAAUAGAGGUCCCAGUCCCCAGUGAUGGUGAAUAUGUUGUGGAGGUCCGAGCACACAGUGAAGGAGGAGAUGGAGAAGUAGCUCAAAUAAAAAUUUCAGGUGCCGCUGCUGGCGUGCCGACUCUGCUCCUGGUGCUGGUGGCGCCGCCCUGGGUCUCCUGGCCUGCUCGGGGUUCUGAAUGUAGCUGGGUUUCCCUUGUCCUCCGCCCAACACAAAGGACUCCCUUUGAAGAUGAGGACCACGACUUUUUGUUCCUGUGGCACCGUCCUAAGCCAAAUAAAUUACACUUUAAAACAAAUUACCCUGCCGAUUUCCUAUGAACUGUAAGAGGACUGAGGCAUCCAGGAACUCCUUCAUGAAGUAAAUCAACUUUUGAAAGGCUAAGAAAUAUUUUUAACUUGUUCCAAUAUGCCUUAUAAAACACUUCUGCUGAUCUGUGACAGUUGCAUGAUUCGGUCCAAUGGGGCAAGUUACAGUGUUAAAACCCAAUAACAUAGGCUGUACAGUGAAAGUAAAAUCACCAUGCGUAGGUGCUUUAACCGAAUAACAAAUUGUGAAAUAUAAUAGAGAUUGAAAUGUUGAUUGUAUGUGAUAAAUGUAAGAGUACUACGUCUGUCUGUACUAUCCUGUAUGUUUUGUGUACUGCAUAUUUUUGAAUGGCCCCAUCAUCAUUUAUUGGGAUUACUGGUUUUUAGAGAGACAGUCAAAGCAAAAACAUUUCAUUUUUUAGAGCUAUAUUUCUUGAGGCUAUUGGAUAGAAUUUGAAGGAUGUGAAAUGAAAGUCAGUGACAAGGAUUUUUUUAAUUUUAAAUACGUUAAGAACACCUGAGAAGUGCAUAGCAUGCUCAGCUUAAAGGAAUUUACCUGUGCUUCACUGGCACAAGAUUUCCUGUAUUCUUUUCUUAAAACUAUUCUGUUGAAAAAUUCUGUUCUGGUCCUUGUUGCUGGUUUUAGGAGUCAAAUGUCAGGUUUCAGGGAAGCAGUGUAAUGUGUCUGCUUUGAUUUAGUAUUAUUACUGUUAUUAUUAUUAAGGUAGCAAUAGAACACUGGAGUUUGGAGAUGGAGUCCAUGUUAAGAUCAGCCAAGUGGACCAUGAAAUGGUAGGAAAUGUUAUUUUUUAAAGUUAAAAGAUUUAAAAUAUAAAAAAAAAAAGAAAAAGAUAUACAAUAAAUGGCAAAAACAGAGUAACACAGUAAAAAAAAAAAAUUAUAUUUACAUUUUUAUGCUGCAGAUACCAAGUGUUACCUUCCUGUAAUGAAGGCGUACAUUUGGGAGAAUUAUAUGCUUUUUCAAGAACUUGAUGUUGUUCUAAUGUUCAUAGUGUUGUAAAUAAGAGUUUUAAAGUUCUGAGACCGUUUCCCUAUUUGAUAGAGUACUGAAUGUUCCAACUGUGUGUUAGUACAUGAAAGUCAGAUCCCAACUGUUAGUCGAAGCUAAAUGUUUACUAUGGCCUUUGCAAAAUGGGAACUCUAUUAGAGAUAGAGAAUGUUUUUGUUCUGACUGUGUCUAGAGUGUUUCAGUGUUUGGGUUUUUUUUGUUGGUUUGUUUGGGUUUUUUUAAGUUGUUAAAGAAAUGCACAUUCCUUUCAUUUCCCAUGGUGUGCUGGGAAUUAGUUUGAGUGUGAAUGUUGAAGAAACACAGUGAUAUUGAAUCAGCUGGCUCAAGUAAUAGUGCAAUGUCUGAUGCUUCAAGAAUUAUAAGCUUUGAAUCAUAUUUUAUUAGCACAACCUUGCUAGCUACUUAGAAAUAGAUUUUAUCUUUUUAGAACUGAUACUGUAGAGGUCCAUAAUAAUAAUAAUUACAUGAAGCAAGAAUAUUAAUUAUUAUUAAUAAUGUACACCCUCUUCUUUUAUUUGUAUAAUUUUGUACUAUAUAUUUACAUGUAAAAGUGUAGAGUCUUCAUUAAGAAAUAUCAGUAAUACUGUUUUAGUUUAACUAUUUGUUACAAGAUGAAAAUUUUUUAAAUAGGUGAAAGUGAGAACUUCCCUAUCGAGGAAUGUUGAAGUGUCAAACACUACUGAGUUUCAUAAAUUGUAUAAUUAUUUGAAAGAGAAAUGAGCUGUCUUCAGCUCAUUAAGAAACUAAUACGCUGUAAGCCUUCUGUACAAAAAGAAAUGUGAAUUAUUGUGUUCCAUUUGGUUUGGUUCUUUUGCAGUAUGACUCAUUUUUAUAUAAUCUACAACCACAACUAAAUCUUUUGCCAAAUGCAUGAUUGCCUUUUACUUUUCUAAUACGUGGUGUAAAAAGCAAAACUGUUUAGUUUUUGCAUGGAAAUGACCUGGGUAGAAAAGCCACUUCUUUUUUAAAAUCAGCAACACAGAUGAGAUAGGUCUCACAUACCGGUCAGAUAGUUGACAAUUUUUCUGUGUCACAUAAUUGUGUAAAUUUGACAGGGACCUUCAGUUUCAAAUUGUUGUCAAGAAAAACUAACUAAUGUAUCAUCUGCUUUAAAACGCAAGGUUCUUAAUUAAAGUUUAUAUAGAUAGACAUAUUUGUUGUUUCUUUAUAUUUCAGAAAAAUUGAUAUUACUAUUAUUUGAUACUGAUGAAUAUUGAACUGGUUUUUUAGUUACUUUUUAUCUUUUUUUUUCCAGAUGAGUAGAGCAGGACCAUGCUUUGUCCUUUUUAUGAAUGAAGAGUAAAUUACAAUUAAAUAAAUGUAUUAAUGUUACUCAAAAUAUAAAA